UAAAUAUCUAAGUUAUGGACCCUUUAGACCUAAUAGAUAAUUUAAAUGAAGUGCUUCUAGGAGAUUAUUUCACCUACAUUGAUACUUUGGGUAAGGGAAGCUUUGGUAUUGUUGUUUCCGCUUAUAGUUCAUCAUUAGAUAAAGUAGUAGCCAUUAAAGUAUACUUUAAAUUAAUCUAGAUAACCUAAUACUUCGAACAAGAAAAUGAGUCAUCCUUACUAUAAGAGUGCUCUCAUCCAAAUAUAGUUAAAUUAUAUAAAGUAGACUUUCCAUAUAAUAUUAAAGGUCUUGAUUGCAUAUAAUAGAGUCUAUUUAAUCAUGGAAAAAUUGGUAGGAACUACAUUAGAUGUAUUAAUGAAAAGUUAAGUUCUUCCAGAAGCCUUAACAAGAAACAUUAUGUUGUAAAUCUUGAAUGCUCUUGUGUUUCUUCAUAGGAAAGGAAUCAUCCAUAGAGAUCUUAAGCCAGGUAAAUAUUAGCCUAUAACUUAGAAAACAUAUUCAUUUGUGAUAACAAUUAUGUAAAAUUAAUAGAUCUUGGGUUGGGCUACUAGAUGUUUUCAAGAGGGUUCAUCGGCUAAUAAGUAGGUACACCUUAUUACAUUGCUCCAGAAAUCAUCAACUAGUAAGAGUAAUCCUAAGUAUUAAUUUAAACCUAAACUAGUUGGUUGAUAUCUUUUCUUUGGGAAUUAUAUUUUAUCAAUUGAUCAACAAUUGUCAACAUCCACUAUGGUAGCUAGGCUAUACUAAGAAGGACUAUUAUAAGAUUAUUUCAUCAGAAUUCUCAAUUCAAUAUCCUCCUCAAAUGUCAGAGUAAGGAGAUCAUAUUAUAUAUUUAGGAUGGCUAAAGAUUUUGUGGAAAACACGGUCACAUUUUAACCAAUCAAUAGGAUGACAGCUCAAUAAUGUCUGGAACAUCCUUGGAUCUUAGGAGAACAAAUAAAAUCCCAUCCAAUUACUAAUAGGGAAAUUAAAUUAAGAUAUUCAUUUACUAAAAAUUUCAACACAGUAAAUUUAAUAAAUAGUAAUUUAGAUUGUUAAAGCUUUAUGGAUUCUAAAAAUUUUUAAAGAGUAAUGUUCUGAAGAAAUCUACUAUAUGAAAACUCAAGCAUCUGAUGAGAUUAAUGAACUAAUAGAUGAAGAUGAAUUACAAUAACCAUUAUCAAGUAGAGUUCAUACUGAAAAAUUAAUUCCAACUGGAACUGGCCGGCAAUAUCGUCUGCAUCGUAAUACAACAAAGGUUGAAAGGAAACCUUCAAUUAAGUUAAUUAAAACAUCAUCCCAUUAAGAUUUAACAUAACUGAAGCAUACAUUUUAAACUUCCAAAAAGUCAUUUAGUAUUAAUUCAAAAAUAUAUUUUAGAUAAUGGACACCUUAAGCAUAGAUUGAGUGAUAACUUAGUAAUUCUAAAGACAAAUAGUUCAAAAAAAAUUUCAUCCCCAAAUGUGUUGCCUAUGAUAUCUCCUAGUAAACAUAAAACGUCAAGUUUUAAUUUCAGGCAACAAUGAUUUUAAUGAAAUUUAUUUUUAAUUUAUCU